AUGGCGGACGCGGAGGCAAUAUCAAAUGGCUUGUUCUUAACCAGUUGGCAUCUCUUGCUACAGGUUGAGAAUCUUUCAGAGCAUGUGGAUAGAAAAAUCAAGAAAAUUGAUGAUGAGGAGAUCUCUACCAGUAAAGGAAUCAGCUUCUUGGAGAUCAAAAUUCAUUUGUUACUAAGCUAUUUAAUCAAUGUUGUUUACUACAUAUUGAUUAAGACUGAGGGUCAAAAUAUUGAGUGUGAUCCAGUGGUUGACAGACUUGUAGAAAUACGCACUGUUCUUGAAAAGCUGAGGCCAAUAGACCAGAAGAUGAAGUACCAGAUUGACAAGCUUGUAAAGCUAGUCACUGCCGGCUUAGCAGGAACCGAUAAUGACCCACUGAGAUUCCGGCCAAACCCUGAAAACAUGCUGGGAAAGCUGGAUGAAAGUGAAGAUGACAGUGAGACCAGUGAUACUGCUAAGGCAUCUGGGAUAUAUGUUCCCCCUAAAGUAUCUGCUGUUCCGUAUGAUGAAGGCUAUGGUUUUAGGAAAGAGAGAAAACUUGAGGAACAUACCAAAAAGAGAGUGCUGAACAGCAGGCUAUUGCAGGAGUUGAGAGAGGAAUUUAGUGAAGCACCUGUGGAGAUAAGGGAGGAGACCCUGAACAACCAUGCUAUGCUUAAAAAGCGUGACGAUGAUGAGCACCAAGAGAGAUAUGAAGAAGAGAACUUUAUCAGAUUGGCUGCCAAAAAAAGAAAAAAGGGUGAUAGUGCUCGUAUGAAGUCAGACCUAGACGACCUGACCUCCUUCUCUGAUCUGUCUGCCCUGACUGGAGACAAGGAUGAAAGGCCAUCUAGAUUUAACAGUUCAAAAGGAAAGAAGCCAAAGUGGAAAAGAAAAUCAAAGGCAGGCUCAGGAAAAAGGCGGUUUGGUAGAAAGAGAUAGUUUCUUUAUUCGCUACACUUAUAGUUAGGAGUAUGAACAUAUCACUCCUACUAAAGCUACUCAAAAACAUGAAAAUCAUGACCUGAUAAUUACUGGAUUUUUUACAAGUUUCACAAGCCAACACAUUCUUAUCUCUGCUGAUGCAGGCCGUCUACCACCACCAUUAUUCAUCGAACUAUCAUCAAUAAUUUCUAAAUGCUCAGCCACAAUUUUUGGAGUAUGCCUGUGAACUAUAAUCAUGAUGAAAAGAUGACAAAUAAAAAGGAUUGGGUGAGUGA